AUCAAAACACAAAAAUUUGAUUAUAAUAAUUUUAUUAAAUAGAAAAACAUAUCAGCACAUUAAUUAGUAUAAUCAACUAGAGUUUAAAAAUUAAAGAUUUUGAUAUCGUUUUGGCGGAUAUUUUCUACAUUUACGAAAAACACGAAAAGUAAUGGUUUAGAACAAUUUUACUAUUAUUGAAUUAAUUUAAAAUACGAUCACAAUGGUUGAAGUAGCCGAAGAUUCAUUUUCAAGACAAAAGAAAGAUAUAGAAGAAAAAAGAGAAAAUUAUCAGCGCUUUGUUAAUAAAUUCAAAUCAAUGACUUGGAAAGAAAUAAAUGAAGACUUUGUAAAUAAUCAUCCCCAUAAAUAUUUUGAACAAGUUAAACAAUUGAAUGUACCUUUUAAAGUUAAACUUGAGUUAAUGGGAAAAUAUUUUCAACAACAAAAAGAAUUAAUGCAAGGACAACAAUAUUCAUCUCCAAUUGAACUUCAGAUUGGUUCUCCAAUUAAUACUGGUAGCACAGUGUUAGAUAAAAAUACACCAAACAAUGAUAACAACACGAGUUCACCAUCGUUUGAGGUAACUCGAUCAGGACGGAUUACUAAAAAACCAGCAUAUUACCAAAAGGAUGUUGCUGAAAAAUUUGAUGAUUUGAAAAUAAAAUCUUCCAGAAAGCCGUACGAAAAAAAAGAAAAUAAUGAGAAACUAUCAGAACCUAAAAAAGAACCUAAUAAGGCUGUUCGAGGUGUAUUAUCAAAACAUGAACAAAGUCGUAAUGCACUUUUUGAUAGUUUAUUAAUGGAUGAUAAUAAAUUAGAUCUAAAUAAUAGUGAAGAAAAAUCGAAUGAAAAUUGCAAUUCAAUAAAAACAAUUGUAAAAAGAAAACAUGAAGACGUUCAAGAAAUUGCUGAUAAAAAUGACUUAGAUGAUUUUCAAUCGAAAAUACCUACUCCAAAAAAACAUAAAGCAAAUCGAUUCUUUAAAUCUAAAAAUCUAAUUGAAGAUAAAGAUACUAUUGUUUGUGAUAGUAGUGAUAAUGAAGAUCCUAAGUUAAUAGAAAUGCCAGUACAUACUAAGUCACAGACAUCGGGUCAGUCGUCAAAAGUAGAAACACAACUUGAUCCUUUAAAAUUUGGUCGAGUGUCACCUCCUGUAGUUCCCAAGCAAAGAAAAACUUUUACUAAAACGAAUGUUAAACAAUCUGAAAUUGUUUGCCCAAUAUGUAAUAUAUAUUAUCCUAAAAACGAAAUUACUACACACGCUUCAAGUUGCAUCAAAUAUAGUUAGUUUAAAUAGAGAUAGCCCAGAAGAAAUCAAGAAAACUUUUUGUGUCUAUGUCACUUUAAAUUAAAAAUUGAAAAUCCAGUAUUAAAAAAAUGGACCAUUUUUUUUUUUAUAAACAUGUUUUUCAAUACAAAAAAUAAUUUGAUAUUGUUGAUCAAUUUCAUCUUCGUCUUUGGAAAAAUAUUUUCUUAAUUUUAUGGAUAUGUUGUGAUUAUGGUAAGAAUUUUAAUGUAAAAAAAAAUCGAUUUUGUUGUUAAUAUUACGCCAGUCAAAUUCUACAUUAAAAUCGCAAAACGCGAUGUAAAGCUGCUGUUUUGGUAUGCUAUUUGAACCCCUUAGGGUAGUGUGAAACUACAUUUUGCAACCAAAAUUUCCUACUUCUUUCAGUUUUUUACGUAUUACGCAGGUAGCACAACUUUUUUUUGCUUGCAAAACGUAAUUUCACAUUCCCCUAAGAGAUCCAAAUAACAUAGCUACAAAUUUUCAUCUCUCUAUUUUUUCAUCUUCUCUAUUUUGGAGAAAAUGGACACCAAAGUUUUGUCUUAAUUU